UCGACGCCGGCGCCCGGAGGACCUGGAAGCCCAGCCCGCGCGGCGCGUUCCGGGAGGGCGCUCUGGAGGGGGCUCCUUGAGAAGAGGGGCCCUGGAAACGUCCACAGGCUGCCUUCGCUUGCAGGCCCAUCUCAUGCACCGCUUACAGCGCAUUUUGCAAAGGAGGAAGCUGAUGUAGACAGACUAAGGGACGUGUCCAAGGUCAUCCAGCCCAGAGCCCAAGCCCAGGAACCUUUGGACCGGGCAGAGACCGGACAUUUAGUAGCCUUCGAGAAGGCCCUUCCAGCAGCAGCGGAGCGGGUGACCACCAGCCAGAAAGGUUCAGGGUGGAAGGGGCGGCGGAGCGGCAUCAGGAGGAGCACCAGGUCCAUGCUGCUGCUGGCUCGGGCACCCAAGGCUUGGCACGGGCUCUUUCAGCUCAAGCCUCCUGCCCUCCCCAGGACCCCAGGAGGCAAGGCCCCACAUGUGAGGUGCCGGCUCCUGUCAAGGCAGGGCCCUGUGGAGGCUGGCAGGCAGGGCCAGCCCCAGGGUCCUGGGCUACGAACUAGGCUGCUGAUCACAGCCUUGUUUGGGGCUGGGCUAGGUGGGGCCUGGCUGGCUGCAAGGGCAGAAAAGGAGCAGCGGCGGCAGCAACAGCGGACAGAGGCCCUGCGUCAGGCUGCUGUGGGCCAGGGUGACUUCAGCCUGCUGGACCACUGGGGCCAGGCUCGCUGCAAAGCCGACUUCCGGGGCCAGUGGGUGCUAAUGUACUUUGGCUUCACUCACUGCCCCGACAUCUGCCCAGAUGAGCUGGAGAAGCUGGUGCAGGUGGUGAGGCAGCUGGAGACAGAGCCUGGCCUGCCCCCCGUGCAGCCCCUCUUUAUCACUGUGGACCCUGAGCGGGAUGACGUGGCCGCUAUGGCCCGCUACGUGCAGGACUUCCACCCAAGGCUGCUGGGCCUGACUGGCUCAGCUGAGCAGAUUGCCGAGGUCAGCCGCAGCUACCGCGUGUACUACAGCGCUGGCCCCAAGGACGAGGACCAGGAUUACAUCGUGGACCACUCCAUCGCCAUCUAUUUGCUUAGCCCUGACGGCCUCUUCACAGACUAUUACAGCAGGGCCAGGUCAGCUGAGCAGAUUGCAGACAGCGUGCGGCGCCACAUGGCUGCCUUCCGCAGCAUCCUGCACUGAACAGGGUCAUUAAAGGGAUGUGACCCAGU